AUGGAUUUUACAACGAUCAAUAAUAAGCUAUAUACAAUAACUCAAAAUUAACCAUAAAAUACCCAAUAAACCAAUCUAGCUAAUGCUCAGUAGAAACUUUAAUAAUAACUGUAAAAUCAAUAGCAGCCAUAUAAUGCUUAAUUAUUUUGGAAUGAUCUUGGCUAAAUCUUUAAAGAAAAUAUUAAGAUAUACUACGAAAGAACAAAGCAGAGAAUUUUUCUUGAUACUUUAAGAGAGGCAGCCUACCAUCUUUAUAAUGAAUGGCAUUCGUUAAUCUAAAUUGGAGAGCCAUUUGAUCCAACAAGCAUUGAUUAAGAUAAAUUAUAUCUGGAGGACUUACAGAACUUGCUCAGUACAUACAAAGAAAAUUUUGAUAAGGUCAACAAGGCUGAACCCUAGUUUAUAUAAACAAUGAUGCCGCUCAAAUAAAAAAUUAAGGGCUUAGUAGAUAGACUGAAAGAUCUCUUCACUAGAAAUUCCUCGAAAUUUGAUAGAUUCGACAUUCACGACAGGAAUAGUAUUUGUCAAAACUCAAUUACAUUUCUUGAUAGAGCAUAAGAUGAAACACUUCUAGAAUCUACCUUAAACCUAAUAAAAGUAAAUUUAAAGAAGAAAAAGGAAUUGAAUUAAAACAAUGAGGAAUAGAUUAACAAAAUUUAUCUAAAAAAAGAAGAAGACAAAUUUAAAAAUUAGCCAAAAGAUUACUCUUGCACAUGGGAGCAUCUCUCCAAGAUUAGAAAUGCAGAAGUUAAGAUAAAAGAUUUCGAAAGAUUUAAUAGAUCAUUAAAUAAUAAUGGAAGAUAAAGAAUGCAGGGAUUUAGUUAUGCUAAUAAAUAGCUGAUCAAAUAAAUUGAGAAAAAGUUAUAGAUAGGUAAGAAAAUUGAUUCCAAAAAUUCUGAUGAAACUUAAACUAGAGAACUCAUUAAUAAAUUAUUGAAGACUGAAAUUAAGAUAAUGAACUCAGGCUACUUUUAAUAUGAUUUCUCUGCGAACCUUGUUCCUUAGUUUAGAAUGGGUUAAUAAAUGAAGGACUAUCAGAUAUCUGGAUUAAAUUGGAUGUUAAGAGCAUUUUAAGAUAAUAAAAAUGUGGUGUUAGCAGAUGAAAUGGGGCUUGGCAAGACUAUACAAACUAUGUCAUUUCUUGAUCACCUUGUAAAAAUAUGGAAAAUAGGGGGUCCAUUCAUUGUCAUUGCUCCUUUAUCUACUCUUGAUCAUUGGAAAAGAGUUGCUGAGGAAUGGACUUAUAUGAAUGUAGUUGUAUAUCAUGAUAUCAAAGGGUAAGAAGGGAGAUAAGAAAUUUAAAAAUGGGAAUGGUAUUAUACAGAUAUUACCAAUAAAGGUACAUUGCAAGAAGUUCCAUUUCUUUUUGUUGUAGUAGAUGAAGCUCACAGAUUGAAAAAUAAAUAGACUAAAACUCUUCAAUUACUUAAAUAGCAUCCUUGCAGAAAAAUUUUGCUUCUAACAGGAACUCCAGUUUAAAAUAAUACCAAGGAGCUUUUUACACUUCUAAAUUACAUAGAACCAGAUCACUUCAACUCAUUUGAGAAAUUUAUGGAUUAAUAUGGAAAGCUAGAAACCGCUGAGCAAGUUGAAAGAUUGCAUACAAUGCUAAGGCCACAUUUCUUAAGAAGAAUGAAAGAUGAAGUCGAAAAUUCUAUUCCCCCACUUAAGGAAACAGUUAUUGAUGUUGGACUUACUUCAUUAUAAACAACUUAUUAUAAAGGAAUAUAUGGUGAGAAUCUCUCAGUUUUGGCUACUUUAGGUUCUAGUAGUAUGAAAACAUCGCAACUUAACAAUAUUGAUAUUUAACUUAGGAAAUGUUGCAAUCAUCUAUAUCUUUUGAAAGGUGUAGAGGAGGAGUUAGUUAAAGAUUGUAAAACAAAUGAAGAUCAUUUAAAGAAAAUGUUAGAUAGUUCAGGUAAAUUGGUUCUACUUGAUAAGUUUAUUGAUAAAUACAAAUCAGAAAAUCACAAGAUGCUUGUCUUCUCUUAGUUUAAAGGAAUGAUAGAUAUUAUCAAAGAUUUUUUAGUAAUGAAAGGCAUUAGAUAUGAAAUGCUCACAGGCAGUGUUAAAAGUUAAGAUAGAGGAGUAAGUAUAACAAGAUUCAAUGAUGAUAAUGAAUUCGGCGUAUUCCUCUUAACUACUAGAGCGGGAGGUUUAGGCAUAAAUUUGACUAGAGCAAGAGUAGUAGUAAUAUUUGAUUCUGAUUGGAAUCCUUAGAAUGAUCUCCAGGCUAUAGCAAGAGCUCACAGAAUCGGUCAGUAAUUUGAGGUUAGUGUUUAUAGAUUUAUUACAGCUAAGACAUAUGAGUAAUAAAUGUUUGAAAGAGCUAGUAGAAAAUUAGGUAUGGAAUAGGCUUUAUUUUAAAAGGGUGCUUUUGGAGAUAAAGACGGGGAUCUUCCUCCAGAUUUAAAAGCUAACCCAAAGGAAAUUGAAAAUUUAUUGAAAUAUGGGGCUUAUGCAUUCCUUGAUGACGGAAGUGGUGAAAAUUAUAAUAAUGCUCACAUUGACGAAAUUUUAUAGAAAAAUACAGGAAAAUAAAGUAGAGAGUAUAAGCUUAGCAAAGGCUAAUAUACUUUAUAAAAAUCUUCAUUCAAUGUUGAAAGCAAUUCGGGACGUAAUUCUGCAUCCAAAAAAGGAUAGGUUGAUGUUUCAGAUCCUAAUUUUUGGGAGAAAGUUUUACCGUUUGAAGGUAUGAAUCCAAAGCAAUUAAUGAGAAAAUUUAAGAAUAAGAGGGCAGAUAUACUUUCCUCCAAGGAGAAUUAAUCUAAAUUUAUGAAAGAAGUUUCAAAAUGUAUCAAAGAUAUAUUAGAUGCUAAAGCAGUAAACGAUUCACUAUAAAUUGACGAAGAAAUCUAUGAUCUGCUAAAGAAAAUUUAAAAAAUGAAAGAUAUGGAUAAUAAAUAUAGAAAUAAGGCUUAGUUAUUAAUGACUAAAUUAAUACAUUUCAAUGAUUACUAAAAUACUAUAAUAAGAGAUGAGAAUAAUGGUGAGAAAAUUGAAGGAGAAAAUGGAUUUGAUUAUAAUUUGCUUGGAAAAAGAGUGCUAAAGAGGUCUGCUAAAGAGAACGUUGACUAUAAAAAUAAUGGAAUAAAGGAUGCUGUAAUUAAGAAAAGAGAUGCCAAAGGUAAAUCUAAAAAAGACCUGCUAUUAGGGUCAUCUGAAUUAUCUAGUGAAUAAAGUGAAAGUGAAAAUGAUCUCAAUGGGAGGGCUAAAAGAUUAGGUAGGCUUUGCAAAGAUAAGAAAAGCAAAGACGAUGAAAAAGAAAGUCAGGAUUAGGAAAUGGAAGACAUUGAAGGAAAUGAUGAUGCUGAUGAAUUAGAUCCUGACUUAAAAGAUGAAGAAAUAGAAGAGGAACUAGAAAACUUUGAUGAAGAGGAAGAUCUUGAAGAUGAACUAACUAAGGAACUGAAAGGCCCCGAUAAAGAUGAAAAGAAAAGUAAAAAGAAUAAACAUAAAAAAUAAGAUGAUGAUGAUUCAACUAAUGAUUUGGUUAAGUUGAAAAGCAGAAAUUAUUGCACAAUAUGUGAAUAGAUAGAGCCAUAAAUUGAUGUAAAGUGCAGCAAGUAUUGUAAGAGAUGCGUUCACUUUAAAUGCAUCUCAGUAGAUUAAAAAGAUCUCAAAGCAAUGAAAGAGGGUCAGCUUAAUUGGUAAUGCAGUGACUGUGAGAAAAAUUAAGCUGAGUGUUUUGUUUGCAGAAAAGUUGGAAAAAUUUUUGAUAAAAACUCGCAAGGUGUUCAAAUUGAGAAAGUAAAAGGUGAUAAGCCUGAGAAAGUUGAUAAAAAAGUACUAAUAAAAUGUGGCUAAGGUUCUUGCUCAAAAUACUAUCACGAGACUUGCCUAAAAAAUAGUAUUGCAAAUCAGCAAAGAGUAAAAUAAAAGCCUAAUAACAUAAAAUGUCUACUUCAUUAUUGCUUCAAAUGCCAAUUGCCAGGAGAGAAAAUGGUUGAAUGUAUUAAAUGUCCUAAAGCUAUACAUAAGAAAUGUCUCGAAGGCAAUAUUAAAACAUGCCAAUUGAGAAUAUCAAAACGAUUUAUGAUUUGCAAAGAUCAUAAAAUAAAGACUUAAUAAACAACCCUAGAUAGUAUGACAUAAAAAAAGGGAGUAAGCAAAACCAAUGAAUAAACUUCAAAAACUUAAUAACAAUCUACAGAUAAAAAAAAGAAAUAAGGAUAGGGCACAGUUAUAAUUAACAUGAAAAAAGAUUAAAAAAGUACAUCUGACUGUGAUGAAAAUGAAACUUUAAAACCCUGA